CAUCUCUUCUCUCCUCCUCCCUCACCCACAUUUACUCACAGCUUCCGCUCCCGUUCUCCCUCCAGUAUCGCCUCUCUUAUCCGUCCGUCACAAUGCUGCUCUGACAUCACUAGCCGGCAUUUCGUUCGCUUCCGCCUCGCGCUGUCGUCGUUGCCGCCUGCGCCCGUCACCGUUGCUCAUCACGCCCUCGUCUUACUGCCGCCAAAAAAAAUUUGGCUCGCCGCAAUCGGCCAACCGAACGAGAAUCCUCGGCUAAGAGCCUCUGACGUCGGCCCCAAACUCCCCACUCUUCUCCGGCUCGACGGGUCUGGUCUGGCGGGGGACGAAAAAAAACCUGCGACGGACGACUUCACGCACACGCCCGAUCCUCCCCCAUCCCCAAAGGGACCCAAAGGGAGCCAAACAGGUGGCCCUCAUUCGUAAGGCUUGCUCACGAGACCACGACUCCCUUCCUCGCUUUGGACGGGUGUUGCGAUUUCGCUGAACUCGCCUCGGGCACCCAUCGACUCCUCGGCCGUCGACUCCGAUUCCUCAGCCUAGCUCGCGGGCUCCGUCCGACUGCCUCCACGACCGGCGACGACUCACCGCAACCUCCGUCAUGGUCCGCAACAUCGUUCUCCUCGGCGGCAACUCGCACCCGCAGCUCACGGAAAAUGUCUGCAACUUCCUUUGCAUCCCGCCCUGCGACCGCAUCCUUACAAAGUUCUCGGGUGGCGAGAGCCGUUGCGAGAUCAAGGACUCGGUCCGCGGCAAGGAUGUCUACAUCAUCCAGUCCGGCUCUGGCAGCGUCAACGACAAUCUCAUCGACCUCUGCAUCAUGAUCUCGGCCUGCAAGACGGGAUCGGCCAAGCGAGUCACCGCCGUCGUCCCGCUCUUCCCCUACUCUAGGCAGCCCGACUGGCCUUACAACAAAGCUGGUGCGCCUCUGUCGCGCGCUGCCGACUCGUCCACCACGCACGAUUAUACCUUUGAGAGCGUGCCGGCCACGCCUCGCCCCGGCGGUCCUCGCAGCAGUGGCCUUUCCAAUGGCGUCAACAACCUCGCCGAGAAGCUCUCCAAGAGCUCCAUUGCCGAGAGAGUUCCUGCCGAAGCCAAUGGCGCUGCGGGAGACUAUUUCCCUAAGCGGUCAGACACGCUCGCCAGCCAGGGCACCAAUGGUCGCGGUCAUCACAACGACGGAUCACUGUCAUCCCACCGCAGUUUCACCACUCACGACUAUGAGAACCAGAGUGCCAUCACCAACUUCCAGCCCAAGCCCGGAUACAAGCAGUGGGUUGCCCAAGCCGGAACGCUCGUCGCCGAUCUCCUCACUUGCGCCGGCGCCGACCACAUCAUCACCAUGGACCUUCACGAUCCGCAAUACCAGGGCUUCUUCGACAUCCCCGUGGACAACCUCUACGGCAAGCCCCUCAUCCAGAACUACAUCCAGAAGCAUAUCCCCGAUUUCAAGGAGGCUGUCAUCGUCUCCCCCGAUGCUGGCGGCGCCAAGCGAGCUACCGCCAUUGCCGAUAGCCUCAAAAUGGACUUUGCUCUCAUCCACAAGGAGCGCCGCCCCAUCAAGUUCACCAAUCAGCGUAAUGCUAGCAUGAUGCUUGUUGGCGACAUCUCAAACCGUGUCUGCAUUCUUGUUGACGACCUCGGCGACACGGCCAACACCAUCACCCGGGCGGCCAAGUUGCUCAAGCGCGAAGGCGCUCUCAAGGUCUACGCUCUCCUCACCCACGGUGUCUUCAGUGGAGAUGCCAUUCCGCGCCUCAAUGCCUCUGCCAUUGAUAGGAUCGUCGUCACCAAUUCGGUUCCUCAAGAAGAGCAUUGUCGUCUCUGCCCCAAGCUGGAGGUGCUCGACGUCUCGCCCAUUUUUGCCGAGGCCAUCCGUCGUGUUCACCAUGGUGAAUCCAUAAGCAGGCUCUUUGAGCACGACUGAGGCGACUGGCCGCCUUGAUCCCAAAGCGCCCCAUACAGGGAAUGGGGCCGCAAGGGCGUGAUGUCUCUUAUCGAAGACAUGACGCCUUGCAUGACUCGGUUCUGGAUCGACUCGUUUCUCUUUCCGUCGUCGGCCGCCCGUGCGCGCGCAUCUCAAGCGGUUCAACCCCAUCACGGCCUGUGGCCGACCAAACAAUUCUGCACACUGGACCAUUUCCGGAGUUACAUUUUGAGGAGCUUUCUGGCACUAUUUUGCUUGCUCCUGCGUCUGAAGUUUUCCGAUUGUCCCAUCGGCAGUCCCGCUCAACAGCGUUCGACACUGGAGAAAGUGACCAAAAACAGGGGGGGAGGAGGCCUGCGCCGGCUACGUGGCUGCGGAUCUGCUGGAGCGCGUGACACACAGGCCCAACACUCUGCAAUCUGUCGUGGUGGCGGCGGCGGCGGCGGCGGCGGCGGCGAUUGCUGUCAUCGUGGACGAGUUGUUCUUCUUUUCUUUUUGAUUCCCACUGCUCUUUCCAACCCGUACGCGCCUCUUUUUUUUUUCGCUCCUUGGACACAUCGACGAGAAACAAGGCACACGUGGGCACAGCGAGUGAGGCGGAUAGUCCUCCCCAUCUAUAGAAAAACCAAUGGACCGUAGAAAAACUUGGACACUAGAUCGAGCGCGCGCCCUCGUGCUGGCUUGUGUACCACCACCACCACCACCAUUCCUGCUACUCAUCAUAUUAGACUCUUUGUCUUUUGUCCCCUCACCGGGGCCGGGGAGGGUAAGGGAGGAAGAAAAGGAGGGAAAGCAUAGACUUAUUGUUAUUGGCCGGCUACGGCAGACGGGGACGGCGU